UACCACAAAAACUGGGAAAAACACACCCCACUUAUCCAUAGUUGUUUCAACAUGUCCAGUGGGAUUUUAGAACAAAUAUAACGUACUAAUGGCAUCUUUAAGAUACAUAUUUAUACAUUUGGGACUGGAUUUAUCUUUAUUCUAAUUCAGCUGAACUACUUAGAUCGCUUCGGUUAGUUGCUUGAGUUGGAUUUUCAACAUAGAACAAUAAUGUUCUGCAGAAACCAAACUUCCAGAGCCACUGUGGCCCGCGGAUCCGCGAUGGAGAUGGAGGUGAAAAGAGGCCGAUUCCGCCUGAGCGUGCUGGAGGAUUCCGCACAGGACUGUGAGGUUCAGAGACAGAUCGAGAGGGAGGUGAGGAUCAGAGAAGGGGCCUGUAAGCUUUUAGCUGCAUGUUCUCAGAGAGAUCAGGCUUUGGAGGCUUCCAAGACUCUUCUCACAUCCAACAGCCGCAUACUGGCCCUCAUGACCCAGCUGCAGCGCAUGAAGGAAGCCCAGGCCAUGCAGAAAGCAGGACGAAGGUCAUCUGACGGUGGUACUGAGCGAUUACCUUGUACUGGAAAAGUAGCCAUUUCAGAUAUUCGUAUUCCACUCAUGUGGAAAGAUUCAGAGUAUUUCAAAAACAAAGGAGAGCUGCACCAGUGUGCCGUGUUCUGUUUGCUGCAGGUGGGCACAGAGAUUCACGAUACGGAUCUCGUAAUAGUGGACAGGACGCUCACAGAUAUCUGUUUCGAUGAACCAGUGAUAUUCACUGACGUACCUCCAGGCUUUGACCUGCGGGUGGAGCUCUACAGCUGCUGUGUGGAGGAGGAAUUCAAUGUGGGCUUCUCGUCUCGGAGACUGAGCCGGCUGGGAAGUGCCUCCAGUAAGAAGUUCAUGGCAUCUUUGGAGACAGCAGCUUCCUGUAGUUCCCACGGUAGUGGAACCGGAUUGGGCGAAGGAGGAGUAUCACCGGUUCUGCUGCCUGCUCUGUCUGUACGGGGCCCUAAAUAUCACCUCCUGGCCCACACAUCUCUGACACUGUGCCACGUACAGAAAUCUUUCCGAACCCAUGACCUGACUAUAUCAGACACAGAGGACUCUUCGUCCUGGUUGCCUCUCUAUGGUAAUUUGUGCUGUCGACUCGUGGCUCAGCCUCUCUGUAUGACUCAAGAUGUCAUGUGUGGAAAACUCAGAAUUCGGUCAGAGACCAAUCCUGGGGAAUGGAGAGAUGUCUAUGGUGUCCUGAAUGGAUCUGAUUUAAAGUGUUACCAGCAGAAAGAUGAUAUAGACCCUUUAGAGACACCAGUCUUCACUAUUCCCAUUAAUAAGGAAACUCGUGUACGUGCCACAGAGAGAGAUCCAGCUCUACAAACUCAAAGUAUCACCAUAACCAACCAGUGUGGUGCUAAGACCACAUACACUAUUCUCACACACACAUCUAAAGACACACAUAGCUGGAUGGAAGCCUUCUGGCAGCAUUUCUAUGAUAUGAGUCAGUGGAAACAGUGCUGUGAUGAGCUCAUGAAGAUUGAGGAACCGUCUGCAAAGAAAACUGUGGCAGUGACAUCAAAACAAGGGUCCCUGUAUCAUGAAAUGGUCACGCCGUCAUCCACCCAGAGCAGAAAUCAUCUGAUACCCCUGAACAGACCGGUUUCUUCCGAGAUCCAAAGCCUGCUGUCUACCUAUUAUAAUGACAGGCACAAUGGCACCAUUUCCUUUGAAUGACGCCCAGGACCCUUCUUGGAUCCCCAGGGUCUUCUCCAAUCUGCUCACACCCAAAAACUAAAGGGCAUUUUCCCACAUUCUCAUGACAACAAUGUCAGAACACUCCAUUUAGAAAUUAUUUUUCCAUUUAAAAUGAUACAUUUAGACAAUGAAGCCAUUAUUUUUUGACUUUCCUGGAAAUCACUAGGCUAAGUAUGUCACAGCCAUUCUCGAAAGCCUAAGGAUAAUCACUGUUAAUCCAAAUAUUUUUCAACUUAUAGGUGAUUAGUUUGAGCUAUUUUAAAGAAAACGGCUUAUGCAAAUGUCUUGAGCUGAACCCCUUGACUGCAUAUAGACUCUGCCAUGCAUGUUAUAUCGAACUUGCAUAAGACACGUUUAAGCUGCUUGGGUGCUGUAUGCUGUGUUGCUCUUAUGUAGUAAUGCAUGUGAUGUUAUAUCAACAUGGAGAAUUAUUUAUUUAUUUAUUGCUAUUGACAGUAUUUUCUGAUUUAUGGAGUGAUAAAAAGAGAUAUCAAAAAUCCUCUCUGUAAAAAAACUUUAAUA